CCUCCACCUCCAUCCACAUCCACCACAUUUGAAGCUUCCCAGUCACGCACAUCUAGAAGCAUCAACAAUGGCCAAACGGAAGGCGGAAUCCGUUGCUAUCUCGCAAUCAACCACCAAGAAAAUCAAGCAGAAUUUACUCGACAGCGACGACAGUAGCAGCGAGGAUGAGUCGGUUGGCGGGGUCCAGCUAGAAGAGGAAGAACCAGAACCCGCAUUCAAGAUCAAUAAGGAAUUCGCAACACGAUUUGAGCACAACAAGAAAAGAGAGGAGCUUCAGAAACGUCGGUGAUUCAUUGGCGCUGGUGCGAAAACACAGUCACUAACGUUGCACAGUUGAGGACAAAUACAACAAGCCUACUAAACGAGCAGAUGGCAAACUCUACGGAGACAAGUACGACGAAGACUCGGAGUCAUCCGAUGACGAGGACGAGGAUGAUGAUGGAUUCCUUGCGACGGAGGAUCUAGAUGCCGAGAUCUCAGCUACGCUCCAGGCUCUUCAAUCUAAAGACCCUCGUGUGUACGACGAGAAGGUCACCUUCUAUAAACCAGUCGAGGAGGAUGUGGAAGAUGCUGCACCCGACGCAAAGAAGGACAAGCCCAUGUACCUUCGCGAUUACCACCGAGAGAAUUUAUUGAAGGGUGCGAAUGGCGAGGAUAUCGAGGAAGACUCGGCUCCACGAACUUUUGCACAAGAGCAAGCUGACCUUCAGCGAUCGAUCGUCAAGGAAAUCCACGCGGCGGGCGACGACUCGGAAGACGAGGAUGGUGGCUUCAUGAUUCCAAAGCCUAAACGGAAAUCGGAACCUCAAGAUUUUGCUCUGCCAGUCCAUCCUUCAAGGACAAAAAGAGUCAAGGUCGACGUCGAAUCAGCCGACAAGGACCCCGAAACUUUCCUGUCAAAUUUCCUACAGGCACGAGCUUGGGUACCAACUGAUGGAGCACGAUUCCAACCACUCGAGUCGGAUGACGAGGAAGAGGAUUUGCGAGCGGAUAAAUUUGAGGAAGCUUACAAUUUGCGGUUUGAGAAAACAGAGGGUGCCAACGAAACACUGAAAUCUUAUGCCAGAGAUAUUAUUGCCGCAAAAUCCGUUCGUCGGGAGGAGCCAAACAGCAGAAAGAAGCAAAGAGAUGCUGAAAGGGCCAAAAAGGAAGUCGAGAAAGCGGAAAGAGAGUCCGAAAGGGCUCGUUUGAGACAACUAAAGAUUGCAGAAAUGGAGGAGAAACUUCAUAAAAUCAAAAGAGCAGCAGGUCUCAAGGGUAAAAAGGUAAAGGAUGAGGAUUGGGCCAAAUUCCUGGAUGAAGGUUGGGAUGAUGCUACUUGGGAAGCGGAAAUGAACAAGAAGUUUGGACAGGAUUACUAUGCUGAGGGCGAGGAGGAUUCUGGUUCUGAAGCUGAAUCAGGCAAGAAGAAGAAACUCCAUAAGCCAAAGUGGGAUGAUGAUAUCGAUAUCAACGACAUCAUACCCGACUUUAUUGAUGAAGAGGAAGCUCAAAAUAAACCAGCCUUUGCUCUAUCAGACUCUGAAGACCAAGACGACGAUGAUGACGAAGCCAAUUCAGACGCAACCCCGAAGAAGAAGUCCAAAACAAGCAAGGAUCACGCGAAGGAUAAGGCCGCCAAGAAGAAAGCCGCACGUCUUGAACGCAAAAAGAUUGAAGAACUUGUUGAUAAUCAACUCGAUGUCACAAUGUCGCUAUCAAAAACGCCCGCUACAUUCCGAUAUCGAGAGACCUCCCCUAUGUCUUUCGGUCUGAAUGCUAGAGAUAUUCUCAUGGCGCCUGACAAGGCUCUCAACGAAUUUGCAGGCUUGAAGAAAAUGGCUGCAUUCAGAGAUCCUGAAAAGAAAAGAAAGGACAAGAAGAAUCUCAGCAAGAAGGCGAGGAUAAGACAGUGGCGUAAAGAUACCUUUGGAGAUGAGAAUGGACCGACGAUUGUCAUCAAGGAAGGUGGCCUUGCCAAGAACACGGGUGAUAUUGUAGAAGGCAAGAAGAAGAAGCGUAGCAAGAAGAACAAAAAGAGUGGUGAGAUGGAGGUUUGAUAUGAAGAAUGUUCGUUGGGGUGAUUUAUGGGAUUACAAUGAAAUAGAGUGUGUUAUACCCGAAAUAAUAAUUCGAAUUGAGUUUUCU